ACAAAUUCUAUUGUAACCGGUGCUUAUUUUUCGGUGCAGUUGUGUAUUACAUAUAAUUUUUCAAAUUUUGUAAAAUCUGCCAAUGGCACAGAAUUCCCUAUCUAACACUUCCGACAAACUUCCGUCUCACGAAGUAUUAAAAGAUGUACCAGAUAAUUUAAAGGAAUUAAUAGCGGACAAUGGCAAAAAUCUUAAGUCCAUUCGUUGUUCUACAUGUAAAUCAUUGAUACUUAAUAAGGACACAGCUUCUUUAGUCAAGAGAGAGACAUUCCUACCCUACCCUCAACAAAAAAAGAACCAAAAAGCGGAGGAGGCAGAGGGAGAAACUGUCAAUAGCUUUUGGCAUGUACAAGAUAUGUACACGUUUGAGAAUGUUGGAUUUUGUAAAACAAUAGGAACUGUCAAGUUUUUAAUGUGUGCCGACUGUGAGAUUGGGCCCGUAGGAGUGUGUGACACACGGGGACCAAGAGAUUUCUUUGUUUCAACAGAUAGAAUUGCGCAUGAAAACUGA